AUGGAAAGAUUGAAUGGGAUUGUAAAACAAGUCAUAUCUGCCGAUACCUAUAUUUUAAUAGGAGCCAAAAAAGGUGGUAUCGCUCAAGAAAGACAGAUAAGUUUAGCCUGUAUUCAAUGUCCGAAAUUAUUUAUGAAAAGUCAGAAUGUUGAAAAAAAUGAAGAACCAUUUGCAUGGGAGAGUAGGGAAUUUGUUAGAAAAAUGAUAAUUGGAAAAAACGUUAGUUUUGUUGUUGAAUAUUCAUAUAAUAAUAGAACAUAUUGUAGUGUUUUUUUUGAAGAACAAAAUUUAUCAAUAUUGUUAUUAGAAAGAGGUUAUGCAAACCUUGUAUUGAAUAAAAAUGUCAAAACAAAUAUUUACUCUGAAUUGGAAAAUUAUUAUAAGGAAGCAAAAGAAAAAAAAGUUGGUAUAUUUGGAAAUAACAUUAAUUACUAUGUGAGGAAUAUUAUUUAUUCUUAUAAUGAUAAAAAUGAAAACAAAAAAAUAUAUGAUUUAUUUUUAAACAAAAAAUUGAAAUGUGUUGUAGAACAUAUUAGAGAUGGUUCUAAUUUUCGUGUAUAUGCAGAAUAUAAUAAUAAUGAAAAGAAGGAAAUAAAAAAAAAAGAAAAUACAGAAAAAAAUUUAGAAAAAAAAAAAAAAAAUAAUAUUAAAAAAAAAAGAGAAGAAGAAGAAAAUGAUGAAGCUACUAAAAAUGAUGAAAAAUACUUAACUAUGUACUAUUUUUCUUUUUCUCUAUGUGGUGUUAUUGUUGAUAUGUUUAAAAAGGAAAUAGCAAAUAAUGUUGAAACUGUAAAAGAAGAAUUAUAUGCAAUGGAAACAAAAAAAUUCGUUGAAUCCAGAUUAUUAAAUAGAGAUAUUGAAGUUGAAAUUAAACAUAUAGAUAAUAAUUGUAAUUUAUAUGCAAAUGUUAAUUAUAAGUUAGGAAAUAUAUGUGUUCUAUUAUUAAGAAGUGGAUAUGCUUACAUAAAUGAAUACACAGUAAAAUAUGUUGAUAACCCUAUUGAAUAUAAAAAGGCACUAGAUGAAGCUAUACAACUAAGGAAGAAAAAGUGGAUCAAUUAUACUGAAAAAGAAGUUGAUUAUGAAAAAGAAUACAUUUGUACAGUUAUAGAAGUUUUAUAUGGUGAUGUUAUUAUUGUUGAUUAUAAAAAUGAAGAAAGAAGAUUAUACAUGGCUUCUAUUAAAUGUGAGAAACAUAGCACAGAUUUAAAAUUAAAUACAUUAUGCAUAUUAGCAAAAGAUUACUUAAAAAGUCAGAUAGUCGGAGAAAAAGUUAAAAUUGUUACGGAAUAUGUGAAAACUCCUCAGAGUAACAGCGAUGGUUACAUACCUCAAUGCUCAGAUGAUAAAGGAAGAAUGCAUUUUGUUAGUGUUUAUAAAAUGGAAAAAAAAAAAAAUGAAGAAAAAUCAAGUAAAGUAAAUUCUCCUAAUAAAUGGGAUGAAAAAAAAGGUAAAAAAAAGUCGAGUAAUAAAAGUAAAGCUAAAAAUAUUAAUAAUCAACUAGAAGAAAAUAAAAUCACUUUUGAAGAACAACCUUUACUUAAUGGAGAUGUAGAGUAUAUUAAUUUAAAUGAACAAUUGGUUGCAAAAGGAUUGGCAAGAGUAAUAAAUCAUAGGCAAGAUGAUGAAAAAGCUAGUAACUAUUUUCAUUUACAAGAAUUAGAAAAAGAUGCAGAAGAAAAAAAACUUGGAAGGUUUAACCCACAUAUUGAAAUAAUUAAAAUUAAUAAUAUAAGUGGAAGUGAAAAUGCACUAAGAGCUAGAUCUUUUGAAAAUGUUUUAAAUAAAUAUAAUAAUUUGAAUGCUUAUGUUGAUUUUAUAUAUGGGGCAAAUAAAUUUAAACUUUAUAUUCCUUCUCAAAAUUUAUUAAUAAAUUUUAUAUUGCUUGGUAUAACUGUACAAAAAAUAAACCUAAAAGACCUUAAUAAUAUUGAAAUGAAAUUUAAAAAAUCGAAUGAAGAAUAUUUAAAUGGAGAAAUAAGAUCAAGUAAAAAAGAAAAAAAUGAAUAUAAAGAAAUAGCAGUUCAAGCCUAUAAAUACACAAGAAAAAAGCUGAUGCAAAGAAAUGUUCAAAUAACUAUAGUAACAUGUGAUAAAGGAGGCAAUUUUAUAGGAAUAUUGAAACAUCAAAAUAAAGAUUUUUCAAUUCACCUACUUUCACUUGGAUAUGGUAUGUUGAACGAAAUAGGACUAAAUAAUACAAGUGAGAGAAAUAAUUACAUUAAAGCAGCAGAAGAAGCUAAAAAUCAAAAAAAAAAUAUUUGGUCAAUUGAAAAGGCAGAUUAUAUUGACGAUGUGUUAAAAUCGGAAAAUGAUUUAACUUCAUAUGAUAAUAUUUAUUAUUGUUCAUAUUUAGAUGAUAUUAAUAAUAUUUGUAUUCAAUUAAAAAAUAAACAAGAAGAGUUAAAAAAAUUACAAGAGGAAUUAAACAAAAGUAGCAAUUUAGAAUUAUCUGCUAUAACAGAAAUAAAUAAAAAUUCUCUAGUUUUAGCAAAAUAUAUUGAUAAUUAUUAUUACAGAGCAAUUGUUUUACAAAUAAAUAAAAACAAAAAAAAAGUUUUAGUUAAAUAUAUUGAUUUUGGGAAUGAGGAAGAAUUAGAUUUUAAUGAUAUAAAAAAAUUAAAUGAAAAGUUUAAUUUAAAAAAUCAUCCUCCUUAUUCAAUUAAAGCAGCGUUAGCUGGAUUAAAAAUACCAAAUGAAAACAAAAGUGAUUUAAUAAGCUACAUAAAGAAAUUUUUACUUGAUAAAUUUUUAUAUAUCAAAUUCGAGAAAAAGGAAUCCAAUAUAUUCCAUGUCGUUUUUUAUGAUUAUGAACAAUUCAACACAAACAAAAAUGUAAAAAGUGUAAAUGAAGAAAUUGUUUUUAAUGGCAUUUGUUACGUUGAUAAUUCUAGUAAUACCAAAAUAUUUGAAAAAUUAAAAAAGGAAGAAGCACUUGCAAAGAAAAAUAAACUUUUCAUAUGGUCAUAUGGAGAUAUAGAUUACGAUGAUGAAAAAUAA